GUGUUAACUUGGCGGGAGACGCUGCUAGGGAUAACAAGUAGAACAAAAUCAUUCCAAGGCAUGUUUAACUAAUGCUGGUUCUAUUGCUGAAGAAGACCACGCUGCAAAAGAGCCUAAAUUUAUUUUAACUAAAGCUGGUUCUGUUUAAAAUGAUUUUAUUCAGGCACCAACAAGGGUCUCUGGCCUGAAGAUGGUUUCUUUCUCCAAUAUGGGAAUAACCAAUCUCCCAUUGUCAUUCUGUCGCCUUCAAAUUUCAUGUGAUGCCAAACCAGAGACAGUAGACAAGGUUUGCAACAUAGAUAGAAAACAACUGGAUCUAAAAGAAGAUAUGUCAGUUUCUGGUGAAUCAAAGUUUGCUGCACUGGGAGCUGAUUCACUUGACACGGUCGAGAUUGUGAUGGGGCUUGAGGAAGAGUUUGGUAUCACCAUUGAAGAAGAGAGUGCCCAGAAUAUUGCGACGGUUCAAGAUGCUGCAGAUCUUAUCGAGAAGAUUCUUGAGAAAGACAGUGCGUAAUCAGAGUGAGGUUCUUGUAUACUUUUUCUUGUUUUUGUUGAUUUCAACUGUUCCUAGUGUUUGUUGGUGUAUCAUGGAGUAUUGUUAGUUGUUUUUAGGUUCUUAGUUGGUAUGCUGGUUACAUGAUUAGAGUGGUAUUUUUAAUGAAUUUGCUUGCUACAAUAAAUAAACUAUUAAUAUAUCAAGUCUCUUGGUUAAGAUGAGAUA